GUCAUGUCCAGUGCUUGUAAACUGGUGUGCAUGAGCGUGUAGACGGAGAUGUAACGGAGCUCUAACGUUAAACGAGGCGAACUAAUAUGGCAGUGAACAUGAUCACAAUGCGGGAUUUAACACUGCAUCCAUCUGAACACAUUUCACUAAAUCACAGCACGUCUCAGCACCAGUACAGGAGAACAGCCGGAGUGUGAGAGGACUGUACAAGCACAACCAGUAGUAACCUCCUAGGUUAGUCUGGGAAAACCUGUGCGCUUCUGCUCCCUCCCCAUUGCACUAAGAGACUACACUCCCAUUGAGGAAAUGGGAGAUCAUCAUCAGGUCAAGACUUCCUUCCUUUUUAUCCAACUGCAGUCACCCUCCAGGGCUCAGCAGUGCCAACCUUCUGCUAAAUCUGUGAGCUUGGUCACUCCAGAGGACGUAUCAUCAGCCACAGCAGCUGCAGACACAACACAACCUUCAGUCGGAGACCUAGAGAGCACCUACAAAAGGGAAGAUGAAAGUAUAACUGUUUAUAAGGAUGCGACAAAUGACAACAUAUUACUGAGUGAAGAUAGUAAACCUAUACGAGAGGAAUCACCUUCACCACUAUUUGCUGAUGGGAUUACAGAAAAGAGCUAUUUCUCAAAUUCAACAAUAGAUAACAAACUGGCUAACCAAGACACCAAUUCAUCAUCAAGCUCUGAAUGUCUAAUAGGAAAUGUGUUUCUAAUGAAAACAGAUUCUCAGGAGUGCUUGAGUUGUGAAUUCACCAAAUCCCUAAAUUCAGUGUCUGAGAAGGAUAACUCUGUUGAACACUCUGUUGAGUUCAUUUGGCCCUUGUGUCAGGACGGUCCUGAAACCAUGAGUGAAGCGAUUCAGUCUCCAUCGCUGGGGAAUUUUCCCAGAUCUUCUUUUGGUCCCAGAGUGAGUUUCCUCUACCCGUCAACAGAAUCUGACUCCCUGAACAAGACUACACCAUGUAAUCCAGAUCCGAGCCCAACGCCCAGUGGAGUGCCUCCAGCUUGCGCACCAACCUCUACUUUUCUGCCGAGCACACAUCAGCCAUCGCACAGCAGCUGGGUGCACAGUGCCAAGCACAAGGAGGAGGCUGCUGCUCAAGAAAAAACACACACUGCGCCGAGCCCGAACACAGAGAGGACCACUUUUGUUUCAGCUGUCAUCAAGAGGUCCUCAGUGCUCUGUGGGGAUGUCUGGAAAGCAGCAUACAGUUCUUCUGAAGUGACUUCUGCUAUGGAAAAGUCUUCUGAAAUCCCUUCUCUGGCUGGAGGAGCAGGAAAACCAAACCAAAUUAUUACACUGACUACAGAAUCUCUGCACACUGAUACAGCACCAUCAACCAUGCUUCGGUCUGCAGCACCUGAAAAGGCCGAAACGUUUGUUUGGGUCAACGGCUCCUCCUCGCACGCUCAGAUCGUCGCCAAGGCCAAGUACGAGUUUCUGUUCGGAAAGACACCCGACUCGAGUUCUCCAGACACCGCCUCUACACCUGACUCAACACCCCAGCUGGAGGCCAACGUCAGCACAACCCCUGACCCCUCCAUCCAGGAGGAUGAGCUUGACGAGGUGUCACUCUUUCAGGAGAUCGACAGGGAGCUUGCCGAGCUGCUGAGCGGCCUCACGGCCCAAGCCCGGCAUGCUGCGGCGACCGAGCAGAGCAGCCAAUCGGGAGACACCACUUCAGACAUGAUCCCCUGUAACGGGACGGCUCCUUCUCCUCCGGGCACAGCCGAUCACGGCCCAGAGCUACAGAACUGCACCUCAGACUCCAGGCAGUCAGAAAAUCUGAGCAACGUGAUGUUCGACUCGUGGUGUGAGGCACUGAUUCAGAACCCGAGCUCAGCUCAGGAGCUGCACUGCGCGAACCCGGCUCAUGGCCCAGACACCAGGAAUGCAACUACAAGCCAACAUAAACCUGCACCAGUGCCCACUAUGGAAAAGAAGGAGGGAGGCGAGAGCGGAGACUCGCCACCAAGGCUUCUGGAUACCUCACUGGAUGAGUCCAGCAAAAUCCUGGCGGAGAUCCCCGGCAUCUUCAGUGCCUUCCUGGACGGGGGCAAAGCACGGGAGAAACCCCAGAAGAUGCUGCGCUUUGUGGAGGACCAGGCUGUCGGAGACGUUUUCCUGAAUGGAGAGGCUGAAGAGACGAAACAGACAACUCAGGACAUGGAGAAACCUUCUCAGGACAACACACUUCAGACCGCCGUGCCGGUGGUGUGUGUUACUGAAGUGAAUGAAAAAAGCUCAGCCAGUAGGUGUGUAGAGGGCAGAGCCAGCCAAAGUGAGGAAGCCACAGACAUGUUCAGCAGUCAGUUCGAGAGCAUUCUGGAGUCGGAGCGGCUGUGCGUUACACUCUACAGCAGCCUGGACUCGCUGGACGCUCUGUCUUCCUCAGCUGACGAGACAGAUGCACAGGCUGAACCAGCGCCCACACACCGGGUCGUAGAGAUGCCCCUUACGCCCAUGAUCCAGCAGCGGCUGAAAGAGAGCGCGCUCUUUAUGGAGGCUAGUAGCAGGCAGGAGGAGGUGCUGAGCGUCAGUGCAACCGAGAAGAGUGGGAAAGCCGCCCUGGAGAUGACCUCCUCCUUCCUGAACACGGAGCUGGAUGGUGGACACACAGAUGGCGCUCUGGCCAAUGGCAUGAUGGGGAAGGACACAAGAGAUUGGCUGCGCAGCUGGACAAGCAGCGAUGAGGGGUUGAAAGACGUGCUGUCAGACUGGGACUUGGACAUGGGCAGCACCGAACGACAGAAGGACAGUGCGGACACGAUGAACAACGGGCACCGCAGUGACCAGGAAGCAGCACGACGCCUGGCGCGCCGCCUUUACCACCUGGAGGGCUUCCGACGCUCUGACGUCGCCAAGCACCUGGGCAAGAACAACGACUUCAGUAAGAUGGUUGCCGAAGAGUACCUCACUUUCUUUGAAUUCACAGGGAUGACGUUGGACCAGUCGCUCAGAUCCUUUCUCAAAGCUUUUGCACUAAUGGGUGAAACCCAGGAACGAGAGCGGGUUUUAAUCCACUUUUCUAAUAGGUACCAUCGAUGUAACCCCACCAUCCUCACCUCACAAGAUGACGUGCAUUGCCUUACAUGUGCUUUAAUGCUGCUGAACACUGACCUUCAUGGACAGAAUAUUGGGAAGAAGAUGACGUGCCAGGAAUUCAUCAACAACCUGGACGGACUGAACGCAGGACAAGAUUUCCCCCGAGAUCUACUCAAGGCAUUGUAUAACUCAAUCAAGAACGAGAAGCUGGAAUGGGCAAUUGACGGGGAUGAGUUGAAGAAAUCGCUGUCGGAGCUCGCAGACACCAAGAACGACAACACUCACACCAAGAGCAUCAGCAGGAUCAGCAGCGGCAGCAACCCUUUCCUGGAUAUCGCCCAUGACCCCAAUGCUGCUGUUUACAAAGCAGGCUUUCUGGCCAGGAAAAUCCACGCUGACAUGGAUGGCAAGAAAACCCCUAGAGGAAAGAGAGGCUGGAAGACAUUUUAUGCUGUUCUCAAAGGCAUGAUCCUGUAUUUACAGAAGGAUGAGUUCAAACCAGAGAAGGCCCUGUCUGAGGAGGACCUGAAGAAUGCCAUCAGCGUGCAUCAUGCCCUGGCCAUAAAGGCUGUAGACUACGAGAAGAAGCCCAACGUGCUAAAGCUGAAGACAGCCGACUGGAGAGUCUUCCUCUUCCAGGCCCAGAGCCCUGAGGAGAUGGAGUCUUGGAUCAGAGUCAUCAACUCGGUGGCCGCCAUGUUUUCCGCGCCCUCUUUCCCUGCCGCCAUCGGCUCACAGAAAAAAUUCAGCCGCCCGCUGCUGCCAGCCUCGACCACCAGGAUGUCACAGGAGGAGCAGCUGAAGUCGCACGAGGCCAAGCUGAAGCAUAUCUCCACAGAACUAGCUGAGCACAGGUCCUACCCUCCAGACAAGAAGGUCAAAGCCAAGGAGAUUGACGAGUACCGCCUGAAAGAGCACUACCUGGAAUUUGAGGAGAACCGUUACGAGAUGUACGUGAAGCUGUUAAAGGAUGGAGUGAAGGAGCUCCUGACUGCUAAAGAGAACGAUGCUGCUCUGAAGAAAUCCCAGUCCAGCCCACACCUCAACCAGGAGUCCCAGCCGGCCGCGGCCAAAAUCAAGCGCAACACGUCCGAGAGGAAGGACUACCGUCCCGAGACGCCCAAAGUCACAUAGGCGGCGUGUCUCCACCCCUCUUGAGAACAAGAGCCAUUCUUCACAACAUGUGAAUAUAUUUUAAUGUAAUUUAUUAUCUGCCACUGUUGUAAACGGAAAACUGUUGUGUAAAAUGUAAUUGAAUUGAUACUCGUCCUCUUUAGAUCGACUGGUGCUCGUGUAGCUGUUUGUAGGAGACAUUACUUACAUCCGUGUGGUCCUUUAAUUUCCUUUCAGUGUCAUUGUUGCAGUUGUCAUUGUCGUGAUGAGAGGGCGGUUUCCUGACGAGGCGCUCACUCCAUUUGUUCCCGCCGUGUCGCGUCUCGACACUCGGUUUGCCUUUCCCUGGAGAGGAGUAGUGCUUUCCCGCCUACAGUUUAGUGCCGAUCUCCACAGCAGUUUCUUUGUGCAUACAGUAGGCAGUAGACGUGUUCUUUCUCUGAAGGUCAUUUUAGUACGGAAAUGAAGUGAACGUUCGCGCCGCAGUUUAUAGGCAAGAAAAAAGGCUUCCAGAGAGAACGGACAGGAGACUUGAAUGCUUUCUUACAGAAACGUUCUCUUAGGACCUCUGAGAUCUUUAUUUUUUCAUUGCAGUGAUGCAUCAGGAUGUAAAUACAGGAAUGCAGUGCAUCAGGUCAUGAACAACAACUCAGUGCAGUUAGCCGUUUAAUUCUUUCUUACUAUAGCAAAACAAAGAGAUACGUGGAUCUCUCUCUGUCUCACACACACACACACACACACACACACACACACACACACACACUCUGUCUCUCUCUCUUUCUCAGACACACACUCUGUCUCUCUCUUUCUCAGACACACACUCUGUCUCUCUCUUUCUCAGACACACACACACACACUGUCUCUCUCUUUCUCAGACACACACACUCUGUCUCUCUCUUUCUCAGACACACACACACAUUCUGUCUCUCUCUCUUUCUCAGACACACACACACUGUCUCUCUCUUUCUUAGCCACACAUACACACACAAUCUGUCUCUUUCUCACACACACACACAGACUCUCUCUCUCUCUCUCUCUCUCUCUUUCUCUCUGUAUAUUGUACCAGCAUGUUACAGCAGUUUAGAAAAGUAAAAAAAAAAAAACAGCCAGUUUGUUAUUUUAUAAAGGUAAACCUGAGGUACUUAACAGCGACCCUAAGUUGAGUUGUAUUUACAGAACACGGCUUUUCAGACUUGCGGAAUGAUGUCCAUCAUUACUGCAGACAAGCCAAUUAUUUUUUUAAACUCUUUAAAGUAAAAAAGUAUUCUGCUUUUUUUUGCGUAGUGUAAAUGCCAAUGCUCCUUUAGUGUAUUUUAUAAUCUUAUAUAUUUGGAUUUAUAAUUCUCAGUUCAGGACAUUAUUGUUGUAAAGAUGAAAUUAGUAUUUAUAGUGCACUUUAUGACUUAGUUCUUCUGUUUGAGUAUUUAGAGCUUUAUAAAAAAAAAAACAGUAGUGAUGCGUUUCUCGGCUACAUCACCGGUUUUUUCAGGCCAUGUAGAUCGUGUUUAGCUUAUUUGAAGGUACUGAGCUGAAUGUACGUUUAUUUCUCCGUCAGCUCGAGCUGUAAGCGUGUUAGUUUGUCAGUGGUUUUGUAGUUUUGCCCUUAUAGGUAGAUCGUGCAGAGACGAAGGCUUUUUGGAGGCUGUUUUUCGAUGCUGUAUAAAGAGGAACGAUCGCCUUCGAUAACGUCGCUCUCGAAUUUUUUAAGCCGUCGCUGUUUUCAUUUUAAAAGGAUGGAACACUAUGAUGAACACAUUGGACUCUUCCAUUGCUAAUUGCACAAGUUUUCAAUGGCAGAACUGCAUCGUUUUCACUCGUUGAAGGUUUGAAUUGAAUUCAUUCGCGUGUUGAAUAGAAGUAUAGUCAGUUUAAAGAUCUCUUGAGUUAGUUUAUGCAAAUCCCUCCAGUCAUAAACGAUGUUUACUUGAACUAUACGUAUUGAUAUAUAUAUGUAGGACACUUUAUUUUGAACUCUGUUUAGGUUUUUUUUUUUUUAUUAUUGUUUAUGUACUACACAUAUGGAAUGAUGAAUGUGAGCAGUAAAGUUUUAGCUAGGAUAUUUACAGUUUAUUAUGGCAAGCUGACUUACGUACGACUGCUACACAGUACGCUCGGUUAUUAGCAUUUAUUUCUGCUCAUACCACUAUUUUUAACCAACAGUGAGGAUUUUAAUAUAUAAGCACUUAAUAUUUACUUGCAGCUUUCUGCUUUCACUUUUCGCUAGGUAAAGUCCAGCAUUUUAAAAAAGGUUUCUCCUACAUUUUGAGACAUGAACAUGAAGAGAUUACCAUCCUUCAUAUCGCUCAUGUACGACUGCAUGUACUGACCAAAAUGGUUUCCCUUGUCGAUAGAGAAUAGUUUUAUUUCAGUGGCUCUCUUUUACCGUAAAUAAGUGAAUGUUUCUUGGUAAAUAAAUUCUGCUAGGAAGAUGACGUGAGGAGGACACAAACAGACUGAAAUGUACAGUACAGUUAAAAGACAAACACGUCUACAUGUUCAUUUUAAAUGUCAUUUUCAACACAUCUGUUGCAGGAAUUUUUUGUUUUGUUUGUUUGUUUUUUUUUAAUUACAGUUGUAUCUAAAUCCACCAACACCAACUUCAAGUAAUAAUCCAUAAUAUUUCAUUUUAUUCAAACUGGAAUGUAUAAAACUGGAUGGCGUACAUUGAGAGGUCACUAAGGUUGUUGAAUAGACUUUAUUGCCUUAUAAAAAUUCUUAAAUAGCUCCAAGCUUUCGUCAGUUUGCUGUAGCAAACCUCGUGAUAAUCUUGUAGUCGAGCCAUGUCCAGAUCAGAGUGGACUGGAGACCAAAGCAUGACCCAAUUAAAACAGACAAUUGGUAGGAUUUAUAAUGGUUGGACAGGACGGGGAUCAGGAGAGGGUUAAGAUUUGGGUUGCUGGAUGCCAUUGUGACAAGGCUGAGUAUAACAUUUAACAUGGAUUAAUAAACUCUAUUCUCUUGUCAUAUGUGUUGGGAUGGAAUCGGAGAGUAGCUGACUGUACAGUACAUACUCAUGCCUCAGUAGACAGUGAUGCACCUUAGCUUUCUGAUGGUCUGUUUGGUCUCCAACCACCAGGUAGAAAUCUCUCUCAAAGCUGUGAUCUUGUACAAUCCUUUAACUCUGUAAAUGCUGUUCAAUAUAACUGUUGCCCCGUGUUCAGAGGAUUUCACUUUUUCCGCUCGUUCAAGUAAUCUCUCUUGGCACAAGAGCGUGUCUUACGCCCUGUAGCCAAGAUCAGGGACACAGUGCUGGUGUCAUACAAACUGUAGACGGUUUCAGUGAAUAAAAUACAGUAUUUAAUUCAA